CGAGAGCGCUGGUGCUGAUGCAGGAUGGCUGGGCGCGCAGGAGCCCGGGAGGUCUGAGCCGGGCGAGGCUCGCUCCCUGCGCAUCGCCUAGUCCGCCGGCCGCGUGGUCGCGGGCAGGUGGGCCCGGGGAGCAGCGCCAGGCCAGGGCAAGGCCAGGGAAGGCAGGUCUGCAGCCGGCGGGGCGGGAGGCUGGUGGAAACCUACCCGGUUUCGGAACGGCCGGAGGCGCCCAGCCUGCCGAGUUCGCGAUGACCUACUGAGAAGCUUCGUCGGAGGCUGCAGGAGGCGGCCUCGCUGCUGGCGGUGCGGUUCACGGCCUCCUCCCUCGUCUUACUGAGCCCCGGCCCCCCACCCAUCCCCGCGCCCCCUCCCUGCCGCCAGCCGAGAUGGCGGAUCCAGCUGAAUGCAGCAUCAAAGUGAUGUGCCGGUUCCGACCCCUCAACGAAGCGGAGAUUCUCCGAGGGGACAAAUUCAUCCCAAAAUUUAAAGGCGAUGAGACCGUGGUGAUUGGGCAAGGGAAGCCAUAUGUCUUCGACAGAGUGCUGCCCCCCAGCACGACCCAAGAGCAGGUUUACAAUGCGUGUGCAAAGCAAAUUGUCAAAGAUGUCCUUGAAGGUUAUAAUGGGACGAUUUUUGCAUAUGGACAGACUUCAUCAGGAAAAACACACACCAUGGAGGGGAAGUUACAUGACCCUCAACUCAUGGGGAUCAUCCCAAGGAUCGCGCAUGACAUCUUUGACCACAUCUAUUCCAUGGAUGAAAACCUGGAGUUUCACAUCAAGGUUUCCUAUUUUGAGAUCUACUUGGACAAAAUCAGGGACUUACUGGAUGUGUCCAAGACGAACUUGGCUGUUCAUGAAGACAAAAACAGAGUCCCGUAUGUAAAGGGGUGCACCGAGCGCUUUGUGUCAAGCCCGGAGGAAGUCAUGGAUGUGAUAGAUGAAGGCAAAGCAAACCGACACGUGGCUGUAACAAACAUGAAUGAACACAGCUCUAGAAGUCACAGUAUCUUCCUGAUCAAUAUUAAACAAGAGAAUGUAGAGACCGAGAAAAAGCUCAGUGGGAAGCUUUAUCUAGUUGAUUUGGCUGGGAGCGAAAAGGUCAGCAAGACGGGUGCCGAGGGAGCUGUUCUCGACGAAGCUAAAAAUAUCAAUAAAUCUUUGUCUGCUCUUGGAAAUGUGAUCUCUGCCUUGGCAGAAGGGACAAAGACACACGUGCCCUACCGGGACAGCAAGAUGACUCGGAUUCUUCAGGACUCUCUGGGUGGGAACUGUAGGACAACCAUCGUUAUUUGCUGCUCUCCCUCUGUCUUCAAUGAGGCUGAGACCAAGUCAACACUGAUGUUUGGGCAAAGGGCUAAGACCAUCAAGAAUACAGUCUCUGUGAACCUGGAGCUGACAGCGGAAGAGUGGAAGAAGAAGUAUGAAAAAGAGAAAGAGAAAAACAAGACUCUGAAGAAUGUUAUUCAGCAUCUGGAGAUGGAGCUAAACAGAUGGAGAAACGGAGAAGCUGUGCCUGAGGAUGAACAGAUCAGUGCUAAAGACCAGAAGACCUUGGAGCCCUGCGAUAACACCCCCAUCAUAGACAAUAUUGCUCCUGUGGUUGCUGGCAUCUCUGCCGAGGAGAAAGAGAAGUAUGACGAGGAGAUCUCCAGUCUCUACAGACAACUGGAUGAUAAGGAUGAUGAAAUUAACCAGCAGAGCCAGCUGGCUGAAAAGCUAAAGCAACAGAUGUUGGAUCAGGAUGAGCUUUUGGCUUCCACAAGAAGAGAUUAUGAGAAGAUCCAGGAAGAGCUGACGCGCCUCCAGAUUGAAAACGAGGCAGCCAAAGAUGAAGUGAAAGAAGUUCUCCAGGCUCUGGAAGAGCUGGCUGUCAAUUAUGAUCAGAAGUCUCAAGAAGUGGAGGACAAGACCAGGGCCAACGAGCAGCUGACGGAUGAGCUGGCCCAGAAAACGACGACAUUGACAACCACACAGAGAGAGCUGAGCCAGCUACAAGAGCUUAGCAACCACCAGAAGAAGAGGGCUACUGAGAUCCUGAAUUUGCUGUUGAAGGACCUGGGGGAGAUAGGAGGAAUUAUCGGCACCAAUGACGUGAAGACUUUGGCAGAUGUGAACGGAGUCAUUGAGGAGGAAUUCACCAUGGCCCGCCUGUACAUCAGCAAGAUGAAGUCAGAGGUCAAAUCCCUGGUGAACCGCAGCAAACAGCUCGAGAGCGCCCAGAUGGACUCCAACAGGAAGAUGAAUGCCAGUGAGCGGGAGCUGGCAGCCUGCCAGCUGCUCAUCUCCCAGCAUGAAGCCAAGAUCAAAUCCCUGACAGACUACAUGCAGAACAUGGAACAGAAGAGGAGACAGCUGGAAGAGUCACAAGACUCACUUAGUGAGGAGCUGGCCAAACUCCGAGCCCAAGAAAAAAUGCACGAAGUCAGUUUCCAGGAUAAGGAGAAGGAACACCUGACCCGACUGCAGGACGCCGAGGAAAUGAAGAAGGCACUGGAGCAGCAGAUGGAGAGCCACCGGGAAGCUCACCAGAAGCAGCUGUCCAGACUUCGGGAUGAAAUUGAGGAGAAGCAGAAAAUCAUCGAUGAGAUUCGGGAUUUGAAUCAGAAGCUGCAACUGGAGCAGGAGAAGCUGAGUUCUGAUUAUAACAAGCUGAAAGUGGAAGACCAGGAGCGGGAAAUGAAGCUGGAAAAGCUCUUAUUGCUCAAUGAUAAAAGGGAACAAGCCAGAGAGGACCUCAAGGGGCUGGAGGAGACAGUGUCUCGAGAACUGCAGACUCUUCAUAACCUCCGGAAACUCUUCGUCCAGGAUCUGACUGCUCGGGUUAAGAAGAGCGUAGAGCUGGACAACGAUGAUGGAGGGGGCAGUGCUGCCCAGAAGCAGAAAAUUUCCUUCCUGGAAAAUAACCUGGAGCAGCUCACGAAGGUUCACAAACAGCUGGUCCGGGACAAUGCAGACCUGCGCUGUGAGCUGCCCAAGCUGGAGAAGCGGCUGCGGGCCACGGCGGAGCGUGUCAAGGCCCUGGAGAGCGCGCUGAAGGAGGCCAAGGAGAACGCCAUGCGGGACCGCAAGCGCUACCAGCAGGAGGUGGAUCGCAUCAAGGAGGCCGUUCGAGCCAAGAACAUGGCCAGGAGGGCCCACUCGGCCCAGAUCGCCAAGCCCAUCCGCCCUGGACACUACCCAGCAUCGUCUCCAACAGCCGUCCAUGCUGUCCGAGGGGGAGGAGGCAGCUCUUCAAACUCCACUCACUACCAGAAAUAAAUGUGACAUACAGCUCUUCGUGUAGCAUGUCAAGGACUACGUUAAUCACCAAUUCCUUUAUUUUUUUUCCCUCCUACACAAUUUCCAUUUUCUUUUAUAUUGGUUUACCCCAGCCGUCUGCAGUACACCAGUUUCAGAUAUUCGAGCUGUGUAGACUUUCUGUGUGUACAGAUCUGUGCUUGGACUUUUCCUGAGAACUCUGAAGGGGACAAUUGCAGAAGAAUUGGAACUGUUGCCGGGGACUCGGCCUCAGGGCUUUGGGUGGUCUCUGGGCGGUCCCUGAAGCCUCCUUUCGUGGUGCACAGUCCCAGCAAACGCCCUCCGAGCCGUUCCCUGGGGGGAACAUCCAAGCUCCAUUGCACCUGUCUGGUCUCCUGUAAAAUAAACACAUUACUUUAUAUUUUUAGGGAACAACAAAAAAAGUGCUGCUAUAAAGGUUCAAAAUUUUCAUUCUGAACACUUUUCCAAAACAAAUUACCCCAAAGAAGCAUUUUGAAUACCCCGGUCACAUCUGUGGAUCUAUGAAAUACACCUUUUCGUAAGGCACCUGUUAAAAUGCAAAGCAAAUUUCUUCAAGGCAAAAAAACAAUCUGACAGUAGCAAUAUAGAAUUUGUUCAUUCAGACAUAUCUAUGUAAAAGCAAAAAGUCAUAAAAUUCACCUAAGCUGCUUGCUAGCGAACCUGCAGCGACUCGUUUAAGUCAGCCCACUUUGAACAUCCUUCCUUCAGAAGUGUUGAAAAUGCUGCAAAGUUGGGUGAUUGGAAAUGGGGUGGCCCUCUCCUUGCUCCCUCCUCCCUGACUGUACUGGAGCUUGCCUUGGAGAUGGCCUCUUCCUGUAGAGAACCAUCUGAAGCCUUGAGGGGGUACUGCUGAUGAAAUCCAGGAUCAUUCCCACAGUUGAAAAAAGAAGUCCUUGGGCAGGGGAGUAAUUGACAAAUGUUUGUGCCUAUGAAUAAGUUGCUGUGAAUAAGUUGUUAUUGUAACCCUCCGUUGCUGAUUGUUUGUUUGAGUUUGCUCUUUGGCUUCACAUUGAUUUCAUCUUCUUAAGCAGAAUUAGAAGAAAUCAGUAUGGAUGGAUUUUUUUUUUUUUACAUUUAACUGUUGGUUUAUUUAACACUUGAAUUUGAAGCUAAAUCAACUCUUACUUCCAGUUGUGGAUUUUAAAAUGAUUGAUUUCUAAGUAGUAAAGUCUUCAGGGAAGCUGACAAGGAUUCAUUUAACUUGGUCUUGUGUGGUGCUGCUAGUUUUGACAAUUUGAGGGUAAGUCAGUGACAACCAGACCAAUCUCAGCGAAAGCAUCCAACCUAUCUCUGUGCCUGCCCAUGAUGAGCCAGCUGGCACUGUCCCUGCUGCUGUCACCACAGGAAAGAAAUGUAGGCCGGGGAGACAGGGAGUUCUCUCUUUGCUGUGUGAGUUGUAGUUGAGAUAGUGUGUGUGUGUGUGUGUGUAUGUGUGUGUGUGUGUGUGUGUGUGUGUGUGUGUAAAGCACUGAAGACUGUGAAUUGACUUCCAGACUUUUCUUGUAUAAAAUUUACCUAACACAACAAAA